AAGAAAUUAGGGUUCUUAUUCUUCCUCCUCGACGACGGAUCCACCGACACGAGAAUGUCGCCGUGAUCCCGGGCGCCUGCCGGCGGCCGAUGAUGUAGUGCGCCGAUGGGCCUCUCGAGAUGCUUGACGCUCCCGAUCCUGGCAUUCCUCGUCCUGCUGCUCUCGAAUUAUUACAUCGUCGUGGUCUUGGCGCUCCAGCCUUGGAUCGGCGUGCCAGCUUUGCUACAUGCACUGCUCUUCACGCUGCUCAACGUGAUGAUCCUCAUCUCUCACGGGCUGGCUGUUCUUCGUGAUCCCGGACAGGUGCCAGCGAAUUACUCUCCCGAUCUAGAGACCGAUCAGAGCACUGUCUCGAAGGGAAAAGAGAGAAGGUUUUGCGAGAAAUGUGGCCUCUACAAACCGGCUCGAGCUCAUCACUGCCGGAUUUGCAAGCGUUGCAUUCUGCGAAUGGAUCAUCACUGUUCUUGGCUGAAUAACUGCGUUGGCCACCGAAACUACAAAGCGUUUCUCCUCCUCGUCUUCUACCUCUUCUUGGGGUGCUCAUACUCUCUGGCCAUCUUUGGAGGAUCAACUCUAAACAAUUCGUCGACGUAUCAGUUCUGGAAGGUCAUGUACGGCGUUUGCCUGGUGGUGGGAGUUUUGAUCUUUGGAUCAAUGCAAGCUUGGUAUGCAUAUCUCCUCGUUCAAAACAAGACUACGAUCGAGUUUCAUCAAGGGAAGAGGGAAGGCUGGAUCGCAGUGAAGGCUGGCCAAAUCUACAGGCAUCCGUAUGAUCUGGGGCUUCUUGCGAAUCUAAUCAAUGUUUUGGGACCAAAGACAAAGUAUUGGCUGUGUCCAAUGUCUGUUGGACACAUUGGCUCUGGCUUGUGGUCGAGAACUCUCUCCGAGACCCAUAUCAACAACAUUCUAGCUGAUUCUAGCUGAGGAGAAAAAGAAGAAAAAAAAAAAACAGAGAAAACGCGAAAGUUUUGUUUAGGAGUGAUCGAAACAAUGUUUCUCGUGAAAAACUAUGAAGAAAGUUUUGAGGAAGUUCUUCUA